UUAGUGGAGAUGUCGGCUAUAAUAUUAGUCCUCGCAAAAAACAUGUUGACCUUUUGGUCACGUUUUCUGAUCAUAUUAUACCAUUAAUUUCGACCUUUUAAGUAGCCUCUAGCUAUCUAGGGAUCAUAAUAUCCUACUUAAUAAUUAAACCAGGGUAGAGAGAUGGUGAGAACUCCAUGCUGUGAGAAUAUGGGAGUGAAGAAAGGGCCAUGGACGCCCGAAGAAGAUGAAUUGCUCAUUUCUUACAUCCAUAAACAUGGCCACAAUAAUUGGCGAGCUCUCCCUAAACAAGCUGGGUUAUUGAGAUGCGGAAAGAGUUGUAGGCUUCGUUGGACGAACUAUUUGAGACCUGAUAUUAAGAGAGGAAACUUCACAUUUGAAGAACAAGAUACUAUCACUAAGCUGCACCAACUUCUUGGAAACAGGUGGUCGGCCAUCGCAAUGAGACUACCGGGACGAACAGAUAAUGAAAUAAAGAAUUUUUGGCAUACCCAUUUGAAAAAGAGGCUCCAAGUCGAGGAGGAGCAAAGGCCAAAUCUCAUGAAUUUCUCACCUCAAUGUUCUUCAUAUCAAUCUACAAACUACACUACUAUAAUGACAAACUUUCAAACAAGCCCUCAUGAAAAAGAAGCUGUCACUAUUUUCUCAAACCAAUUCAUGUUGACUACUACUACUGAUCAUCAUUAUGUUCCUAGAAUUGAUGAUCAGGCUCAAUCUUCAGGGAAAUCAAUUUCCGAGAUUAAAGAUCAUCACGAGGUUGGUGAUGAAAACAUGACUUUUUGGUACAAUGUGUUGGCCCAAUCAAGAUAUACAUAAGUUUUCCUUUCAUUUUCCACUUCACUAGAGAGAUAUGCAUGUAUACUAUU